UCUAGUAACUUAUUAAGCUUCAAAUUUUAGCACGCUGAAGCUGUAUCAUUCUACUUGUAGUUCUGUAGUGAACACCUAGUAAGGGUUUGGUCACCUUUACUGAGAGGUUAACAAGUUCAGUUUAACUUAAGUUUAUGUGAACAUUACCAAUGUUAUUUAAAAAUAAAAUUAUGUAGGCUUUUUAGUAUAUUAUUCUGCUAAUCUCCAUCAUCUGAUAUUAAUAAUAUUACUCAGUGGAUCAAAUUAUGUGAUUUUUUUAAUAUGGUUGCACUGUGGAUAUUUGACGUGUAUUAUCGAACUUUUCAAUUUUGUAUUUGUAUAAUUUAUUCCGAAAAACAGUGAGAAGCUGCUAUGGAUGUGGUUUGUCACUUCAUAACGGUUUUAACUUGGUGUAAGCCUACUUUAUUAUUCAUGCUAACAAUAUAUCGGAUAACGGUAACUUUCAGUUUCAAAUCAUUCCGAAGUCACUUGACGAGAACUUCACAAUUCUUUAUUCUAAUAAGUAUGAUUUUAGCUUUAUGUCUUUCUUCCUUUCCGAAUUCUUCAACUGGUAAAGGUACUACUAGUAACGGUAUCGCUUAUGCGGUCUCGGUUUAUGCAAAAGAACAAGGCACGGAUAAUUUAUCAGAAGCAGUCUUUCUCCAUUUCAGAACCUAGCUGCAAAAAAUUAGAUGCUUCUCAAGAUAUGGUAGGACUGAAUGCUAUUCGCCAUCUCCACAAAGUGCUUGACGAUGACGCCAACGGCAAUGUGGACGUAGUUGAAAGUGAUGAGUUCUUACGAGAUGAACUACAUUACGAAAAUGGUUAUGAAAGACAGAAGGGUUUCCAUGGUAGUGAUAAAUACAUUAGUGUUGAUGAAUUAUGGAAAUCGUGGAAAACAUCCCAAGUUCAUAACUGGACAGUAGAUGAAAUAGUCCAGUGGUUAGUGACUUAUGUUGAUCUGCCUCAGUAUGCUCAGAGUUUUCAAGAAAAUAAUGUGAAUGGAACUGCUUUGCCAAGGAUGGCAGCGAAUGAUGUAAACUUCCUAACAUCUGUUUUAGGUAUAAAUGAUGCUAUUCAUAGACAGAAAUUGGCACUAAAAGCAAUGGAUAUAGUUCUUUUUGGACCACCAAAAUACCACAGUUAUGUAAAAGACACUUUCCUGGUGCUGUCGUUGGUAGUGGCUGUUGGUGGCUGUUGGUUUGCUUUUGUUCAACAUAACUACUCCAAGAAUCAUCUUCAAAAGAUGAUGAAUGACAUGGAAAGUUUACAGAAAGCUGAAAAUGCUCUUCUGAGGCUACAAGAAGAUCUGGAUAAAGCACGCCAAGAACAGGAAAUUGUUGUUAUUGAAAAGGAAAACCUUGAAAAAAGAUUACAAGAUGAGAUUAGUACUACAAAGAAACAAGAUGAUAAUGGCAGUAAUGAGGGUAUCAACAGAAUGCAACAAUUAGAAGAAGAACUUGAGCAGGCACGAGCAGAGCUAGAGUGGAUAAAGAAAGCCACAGAAUUAAGAGCCUGGGUUCCUCCUCCAGCACUCCAAAACUGGCUACAACUAACACAUGAGGUUGAACUAAAACAUUAUAAUGCCAAGAAAACUGCAGCUGAACAACAACUUUCUGCUGCUAAAGAAGGGUGUGAAAAAUUGAGACGGAAAAGAUCAACUUUUAUGGGAACAUUUAGGAUUGCUCAUGGAAGUUCCAUUGAUGACGUAGAUAGCAAGAUUCUUCAAGCAAAAUCAGCUCUUUCUGAAGUAACUCAAGACCUUCAGGAACGAAUUCACCGUUGGAAACAAAUUGAACUCCUUUGUAACUUUUCUGUUGUAUGUAACCCAGGACUAAGACAUCUGGAAGCAUUGUUGUUAGGAGGAACACCCAGUAACUCUUCAGAAGGUAGUCUACCACGUGGUAGCAGUGAAGCAAUGCUGUUAGAAGACAAUAACACACCUGUAUAUGGUAAUGCUGGACUUGGUGCAGGUUCUGUCCUCGCAGGCCCCAUUCAACCAUUUCCACAACCUUUGUUUGGAUAUAAUACUCAAAAAGAUAGUGCAUUUACUGAAGCAAAAUCUACAGAUCUUAGCAAAUCCCCCUCUUACUCCUUGUCUUUAGCAGUACCCACUACAUCAGCCAUUGAUGAUUCUGAUGCUGCACUGCAUCAGCAAGAUUCUCCAUCGGAGCAAGAAGAUGAAAAGAACUAUGAAGAAGAUGUUGAAUCAUUAGACAGUAAUGUUGCUCUUUCUACUGGCUCUGGUGAAUAUCGAAAACCUAACUUUAUUAUCGGAGAUAGUUCACAGGAUAUUAAGUUCUCUUCAACUCCAGUAAAGAAGUUGCCAAGGAGGAUGGUGAAGAGUGCCAGUCAUGAUGCUCAUUUUCUUUCUUCCCUUGAGGCUUCUCAAAGUUUGCAUAGACACACUGUCUCAGAAUCUGGCAUUAAAGAACGUGAAUAUAAUACGCUUCCUUCAAAUUUCAUGCCACAUAAUACAAGUGAUCUAACCAAUCAAGGUUCUCUUGGCAGACGAAAAAAAUCUGGAGCAUUGAAAACUAUCUUUAAAAGAAAUAUAACAAAUACUGUCACAGCAGAUCAAGAAAACUCCACAGAUUCUAAUUCAGUUACUGGAGAAUGUGAGUUGAAAAGGAGAAGAAAGAAGUCCUUUCUAACUGAACUAAUCAAGAAGAAAUCAAAAGCUUUGUAAUUAAUGCCACAUUUCCUAGACUUUAUUGCUUGAUAAAAUCUCUCUAGGCUGGAGAAAAAAACAAACAAUUCCUGUACUGUACCCUUCAAAUAUAUCCAUGGACAUCCAAAAUUUCAGAGAACUUUACCUAGAAAUCAGAAACAAUUUUUGUUUUAAGUAAUGUUAUAAACAAUAUACUAAUGUUUCUCAGUGAUAGUUUUCUACUCUUAUUCACUCAUUAUUGGUGCGUGUGAAAGUGAAAAGUUAAUUACUAUGAGUAAUGAGGCUUUUUUUUAUAUAUAUAUGUUUUUAUCAAUGGUGAAACUGAAAUUAAGACAUAAAUAUUAUAGAUUAUUAUCAUUUGAACUGUUGGUUUGUGGAAGGCUUUUAUUUUCCAGUUUAUUUUUGUGAUUUGUCUAAAGUACAGUUAUAGAAGAAGAUGAGAAGUUAAGAGAAUUUUGGUUACUUAUUUUGUCUUGGGCUCUUCUGACAUAACCUACAGAAUGAUUUUAUAAAAAUAUAUUAUUUUUCACAUUUAUAGGGCUCAUUCCUUAUUUUUUCUUGUAAAAUAAUUUUUAUAUGGUUGCAUGGAAUUCAAUAAAUUUUGAUAUUUGUAUGUAUGUGAUGAGCUUCGUAUUUUGGAGAAGUUGAUUAUAUCUGUCAAACAUAAUGCACUUGCAUUCUAUUUAAUUAUUGCUGAUCUUUUUUUUUAUUAAGUAUAAUUUCAGUACUUUAUUUUGUAUCAGGAAUCAAUUUAUCAAUAUAAUAUUGUUUAUUUUUUGUCUGUUAUAGAAUGCAACUUUAAAAAUGUCAUAUCUGAUUAGAGGCAAGAAACUUAGCUAAUGUAAAACAAGCAGAACUUUAUGACUGGUACGUAAUUUAAUAAGUUAAAAUAAUGCGAAUUAAAUAAUUGCAAUACACUUUUUUCGGAAAUUAACAUUCAAGCACAUGAUUGAUAGUAAAAAUAUGGAAGUGUCACUAAAACUUCCACUAACCAAUGUUUUCAUGUAAGGAAAUAAAACUACGGCAAUACCCAUGUAAAAUCUUUUAAAUGCUAAACUAACUAGUCAAGGGUUAAUUUUAAAGGGUUUAAUUAAUUGUUUCUCAUUUGGGAAUUUUCCUGAAUGCACGUACAAAUGUCUAAUAAUAAAUAUCCUUCAAACUGAUACUUCAGGAAUUGUCUAGUGUUCCUGCAAGCAACAUCCAGUGUUCCAACAUGAAAUACACAGCAGUAUGUCUGUGGACUUACAAUGCUAGAAUCUGGGUUUCAAUACCUGUGGUGGGCAGAGCACAGAUAGCCCAUUGUGUAGCUUUGUGCUUAAUUACAAACAAACAAACCAACAUGAAACAAAUAAAAAGUUUUCACCCAAAUAAUCUUUCCUACCAGGUAUAAGUAAUACCGUUUGGAAAUUUACUAUAAGUUGUAAAUAUAAUUAAUGGCUCUCAUCGCUAGAGAUUAGAAAUAAAAUUAAAGGUUAUAAUAAAGUUUUUAACUAAUGGCAAAUUUGCCUGAAAGAACGAGUUUCAAGGUACCCUGCAACUCAUUAAAGCAGAUAUGAUAGAAUAAUGAUAUUUAAAAUUAAAAACAGGAACAAUGUUUGAAAUUAUAGUCUCAUUGUUGAUUUAAAUAUUAAAAUCUUUACCGUUAAAACUUGUGUACUACUUGAGAAAUGAUCCCACAAGUGAUCGAAACGUCAUACCUGUUCUAAAAACAAAUCCCCCUUACUGUAAAAGCUGUAACUUGUAACAAAAUUAUGUUUGAAAUGUACAAUAAAAACUUUACUUGGUUGAAAGGCAACAUUAAAAGACUACGUGUUUCAGUAGCUUUAUGCUGCCAUCAUCAGAAGUAAAAACACAUAACAAGCACAUCACUUUAUAAGGACAAGGUUUAACUCAUUGUACAAUUUAAAGUUAACAUGAAUAUUAUACAUAAGAAAUCAAUAUUUAUUUCCAAAGCUAUGCAUUAGCAUAAGCUAACCUUUCAUCUCUAUUUAGCAAAGAAUUAUUUCAUGUACAACACGAAUUUUCUGUUGAUUCUCUGAUAUUCAAUUCACUUUGAGUAUUAGGCUCAUUUGAGAAUUAUUGUUUCAUGCCAUUAUAUCAAAUGUCUUGUUUUAACAGUGUGUUCAGCAAGUGGAUAAAUUAGCAUAUCUUUAUUACUUACGUGACCUUUAUGUUCAUCGAAUUAAUAGUUUAAGUUCUGUUUAGUUUGAACAGUAGUGCAGUGUGAAAGACUGACACGCUCUUUAACUGUUCAGUGAUGCGCAUGCAUCUGUAUUUGUGGCAAUUAUGAAAGACAUUUUAAAU